AUGGGGGCCGGGGCGAGCGUCACCGCGUCGUCCCUGGCGCCUACGGCCCUGGCGGCCGCCGCCAUCGUCUGCCCGCCGGCUGGCCUGGCCGCCGGAGCGAUCUUCGGCGCGGGGGUGGCGGUCGGGGCGGCGUGGGGCGGGGCCAACAAACCAACCGCUGCUGCUGCUGCUGCUCCUGCCUUCGACGACGCCCUCGACGCGGUCGUCAGCGCGGCGGAGGCGGUGGCGGAGUACCUGCGCGCGGUGAUGGACGCCGCGUGUUCGGCCGCCGCCGGGGCCCUGCAGAAGCUGGAGGAAGCCGCGGCGCUCGUCGUCGACAGGGUCGUCAGGCUCCUCCGCCGCCUGCGCGGCCGCGAGGAAGCCGCCGCGGCGAGGCGCGAGAUGCGCCGCGCGGGCCACGACGUGUACGCCGAGGCCGCGGCGCGCGUCGCCAGGUCCGGGCGCUGCAUCAUGGAACCGGCAGCUUCGUCGGCGGCCGUCGUCGUCCCUGCUGCUGCCGCCGCGCACGGAACGCUGGCACUGCCGCGAUCGGUCUCCGAGUCCGACGACGUGGCCAGGCGCGCGGCCAGAAGCGCCGCGGGGAUGAUGGGUCUCAUCCUUCAGGCCUUCGCCGCGGAGGCCGAUGUGGGUGACAUCAUUCCUGCGGCGGCAAGGUCCUCCAUCACCGUCAUAGUAGCCGCGGCGGCCGUCUGCCUCGACGUUGUCGCUUCCACCGACGCAAAUGCCUAG